AUGAAAAUGUUCCCAACUGCUUCGUUGCUACCUAAAGAGGAAACUCUUGCUGAUCGCUUUUUGCAGCAAUAUCCAGAGUAUGAUGGUCGUAAUACUAUUGUGGCAAUCUUUGAUACAGGUGUAGAUCCUGGAGCUAUUGGACUACAGACAACAUGUGACGGACGUCCAAAGAUCAUUGACAUUGUGGAUGCCACAGGUGCUGGAGAUAUUGACACAUCAAUUGUUCUUGAAGCAAAAGAUGGUCACUUAACACUUGCUUCUGGUCGUGCUCUAACACUUGAUCCUGAGUGGCCAUUAAGUCAAGAUGGAACAUAUCACGUUGGAAGUGUAGCUGGAUAUCAUUUGUUUCCAACACCAUUGAUAGCGCGACUUCAAAAGGAACGAAAAGAAAAGUUUGAGAUUCAACAACGAAAUGCAAUGAAUGAAGUUCAACAACAAUUAGUUAUAUGGACAAAACAGAAUGAUGUCAAGACGAAGGAUCCAGUGAAAAGACGAGAGAAGAAAGAUCUGGAAACGCGACUUCAGCAGCUAGAAGAUCUUGUCAAAACUUAUGAAGAUCCUGGACCAAUUUACGACGCUAUUGUCUUUCAUGACGACACUUGUUGGCGUGCUGCUCUGGAUACAUCAGAGACUGGAACAUUUACUGGCAUCCCGUUGAUGACUAAUUUUAAGCUUGAACGACAGUAUGCAACGUUCUCAAACGAGUCUCAGCUCAAUUACGUACUGAAUAUCUAUGAUGAUGGAAAUAUAUUGAGCGUAGUGAACGAUGUUGGUGCGCAUGGUACACAUGUGGCUGGAAUUGUUGCCGCGUACUAUCCUGAGCAACCAGAGUGCAAUGGAGUGGCACCCGGUGCCCAAAUUGUGGCCGUCAAGAUAGGAGAUGGUCGACUUGAAGGCAUGGAGACGACAUCAGCGCUCAGUCGUGCGAUUUUAGCAGUGAUGGAUGCAAAUGUUGAUGUAAUUAACAUGAGUUACGGCGAAUAUGCGUCGCAACAUAAUUAUGGACGACUUAUUGAGCUAAGCAAUGAGCUUGUGAAUGAUCAUAAUAUUACAUUUGUUGUCAGUGCUGGAAAUAAUGGACCUGCGUUGGGUACAGUCGGCGCUCCUGGUGGUACAACGUCGAGUAUGCUUUCAGUUGGAGCUUACGUUUCGCCUCAAAUGAUGGAAGGCGAGUAUAUUAUGCGAGACAAUAACUUGUCGGGUACUGCAUAUACAUGGUCGUCACGUGGUCCAACGUUUGAUGGCGACUUAGGUGUGAAUGUCUGUGCACCAGGAGCUGCCAUUGCUCCAGUGCCAAAUUGGACAUUAAAUAAAAAACAAUUGAUGAAUGGAACAUCCAUGUCAUCGCCUAAUUGUGCUGGAAAUAUUGCACUUCUUGUUAGUGCAAUGAAAGCUCUUGGUGUCCAGUAUACACCGUACUCGAUCCGUCGUGCACUAGAGAAUACUGCAAUAAAAGUACCAAAUGUAGAUGUAUAUGCUCAAGGCAAGGGACUGAUUCAAAUUGUUCCAGCAUUUGAGUACUUGAGUCAAAGCAACACAUUUGAUGGGACGAGACAAUUUCCACUUUAUUAUCAAGUCAAGACAUCGUCCGGUGAUGGAAAUGCACGUGGUAUCUUCCUUCGAGAUUGUGUUGAUUUUAUUCAUGAAUGUACUGAAGUGGAUGUGACUGUCACGCCAAUCUUUCACAAAAAAGCACUUCAAGAUGAUAAGAUUCACUUUGAACAACAUGUGCAGUUCGUUUCUUCGGUUCGUUGGAUUGAAAUUGGACGAAACAUGGCAUUAAUGCAUGAUGGACGAUCGUUCAAAGUGCUUAUUAAGACCAAGCACUUAGCUGCAGGUGAACACUAUGGGGAGAUAAUCGCGUACGAUACGCAAAAUGAGAAUCGCGGUGCUCUCUUUACGGUGCCUAUUAGUAUUAUAAAACCUGAUGAUGCACCAUCGAUAGUUCACUUUCAGAACAGAUUUCAGUCUGGAGAUCUAUUUCGUCGCUUUCUCACACCUCCAGAAGGUGUAACAUGGGCUGACAUUAUCGUAUCCCGUGCUAGCGAUUCAGAUAUGGACUCGAAUGCGUCUGGAAAGCUUUUUAUGCUUGAUAUGAUGCAAUUUCAACCAUUUGUGCGUCAAAGUCUAUCAUCGUUCCAUAAGGCAUUUUAUCUUAAGCCUGGACAGGAACUUACUUUUAGUAUGGAUUUGCUAGGCGGAUUGACAACGGAAUUCUGCUUAAGUCAAUUCUGGAGUGCACUUGGAGACUCGAUCGUUAAAAUCGAGAUUCAAUUCCAUGGAAUUAAACCUGAUCAAGAGAAAAUUGUAAUCGUCGGAGGCGAAGAAUCGCAUAAAGUGCUUGUGUCCAGUAGCGUAUCAAAUGAAAUCUUGGCGCCUCAACUCAAUUUUACCAAAUAUAGUCAAUACAUUCGUCCUGAAACAGCCGAGAUCUUGCCAUUAAGUACAAGUCGUGACAAAUUCCCAGACAAACGUCAAGUGUAUCAGUUGAUUUUAUCAUACUCAUUUACGAAAAAGGAACCAGCACAGUUGAUGCUUAUCUUUGACGACAAGAAGCAAUAUAUUGGCUCUUCGGAUGCUUACGGCAAUAAAACGACACUUAAAAAAGGGUCGUAUGUGAUUCGAGCUCAAGUACGACACGAAGAUGUUAGCAAACUCGAAAAACUCAAGCAAAUGAUCUUGAUACUUCACCACGACAUUAAAGAGAUCACAGCAUCAGUGUAUGGACAUCAAGAUGAUGUGGCAUUAGGUGGUAAAGCCUUAGAAAGGAAGAAUUUACCAUUGAAAAAGUAUGUGCCGCUGUUUCUUGGAGAACCUCCACGCGACAAACUUCCUUUAGGUCAUGCGGUUGGAGAUACUUUGAGCGGUUCCAUUUACUUUGGUCAGAAGAACGGAAGUGUUAGAGGGAGUUGUCGACGUCCGAAUGGCUUUGAUGUGACAUAUGUGAUUCCACCAGCACCAAUUCCUGCUAAAAGUCAUGAAGCGGACGAACCCACUGACGAACGUGAGGAAGAUGUGAUCGCUCAAGAAGCUAUUCGUAACUUGCUUCUUGAGCGUGUAACAAAGUUAAGUGGCAAACCAACUUUCUUGCCUGCGUGGCAGCGUCUUGUGGACCAGUUUCCAGAUUGCUUACCAGUACUGCAGACAAAGCUACAUCACUUUGAUUCUGAGGCAUCUCGUUCGAACCACUUGACAGAAGUGGUUGACGCAGCCGAUGCUGUACUUGCGCUUAUUAAUCAAGAUGAACUAGCGCUGUUUUUUGGCACGCGAAGCAAUCCGGAUGAAUCUCCAAAAGAAAAAAAACUACGCAAGGAAAAGGAGAAAGAGAAGACAAUUCUUACUGACGCAUUGGCUCGCAAAGCACGAGCUUUUGGUGAUUUAGAACAAUGGCAUGAUUUCUUAAAAGCUUUUAGUGACCUACAGAAAUGGGAAGACGUUGACUCGCCUAUGUGUUUGCACGUUGCGCUACUGCAUGAUCGACAUUGCCAUGCGUAUGGACUCGCAUUACAGCGUUUACGUAAAGUGCAAAGCCUGGAGCCAGAAGAGAAGACGAAGAUCAUUUCGGACGAGAAACUGACGGCAGAAAUUGCUAACAUAUUGAAUACGCUUGAGUGGCAGCACUGGAGUGAGUACGAGACUCAGUGGGAACGUCGUCGUACGCCGACCUCUUAUCGAGUCUUUUAG